CAUUUGCAGUUUAGUUCCGGUUUGAGUAUGAAAAUGGGGCUGAAUUUUUUAUUGCUAGUCCUUUAUUCCGUCAGCAUUAUAGGGGGAGCGUCUUCGGCGACAACAGCAUUUGCAUACAACUGUGGAGAGAAUAUCACCUAUGGUUCCGGAGAGAUAAGAAGUCCAAACUACCCAUCACAAUAUGAAAACUACAUGAACUGUAACUGGGUUAUAGAACGUCCCUCAAACCAAGAAAUCUACCUUGACAUCCUUGACUUCUCUACGGAAAGAUGUUGUGAUACACUGCGAAUAAUAAACCUCAACAAUGGAUAUGAACUUGCAAAAAUUUCUGGCUAUUGUGGAUCGUAUGGAAGAGUAUAUACGUCUUCUAACAGGAUCGAGCUUUACUUUAGAACAGACAUAUCUGAUGUGGAUAGGGGUUUUAGAAUACGCUUUGGAACACGCUAUAUGUACACUGGUGGUACAACUGUACAAUCUAUAGUCAACGUCGGCGAUCUGUGUGUUUCCAGAACAAGUAAUGCAGUAACAACAUCAACAACAGAAAUAUCGACGGGAAGGUUUAGCACAUUUGGUUACUCAGAUGUACGGAUUGAAUAUGGCAGUUAUGGUAUAGUGUAUAUCAACGGCCGUGUGGUCUGCGAUGUCGGAUUUGAUUCUCGGGAAGGAGAGGCUCUUUGUCAUUCGAAAGGGUAUUCUUAUGAUUCAUACCGAAGUCGCACUGCAAGCAGCCAUUACGGUACCUCUGAGGUCAGUUGCCGGUCUGGUGAUCUGUAUACCUGUUCGACAAGACCACGGCAUCAAUACUGUUACUAUGCAGUCUACCUGUACUGUAGUUAUGGGAGCACAUAUUAUUCAACAACAGAAGCAUCAACAAUACAAGAUAAAUCGACUCAUACAAUAGGAUAUUAUAACACGUAUAUCGAAUAUGGAAAUUAUGGUCGGGUGUACGUAGAUGGAAAAGAAGUCUGCUACGAUUCCGGAUUUAACAGCCAAUCUGGAGAAGCAAUAUGUGAAUCGAAGGGAUAUCAAUACUAUUCUUAUUCAAGUACAUCAGCUAGGAGCCAUUAUAACACCUAUGAAUUACAAUGCACUUCGAGAUAUCUAUUUGGAUGUUAUACCAGACAGCGUGAUCGCUACUGUUCUAGAGCGGUGUAUUUAACAUGCUAUGGUACGACAACGGAAGAUUCCCUGUCGACUGUCUCAUAUGAGUUCACUGCGGAUCCUUCCAAUAUAAUUAUUGAGUACGGAAGUUCUGGUCGUGUAAACAUUGGAUAUGAAGUUUGUGUAAAUAAUGGAUUCAACUAUCGGACAGCGGAGGCUGUGUGUCGCUCUAAGGGGUAUACUUAUAGCUCGUACACAAGUACGUCCCCGUACAAUAAUUAUAGAACUACUGAAAUCCAUUGCUCAUCAUACGAUAUUAACAGCUGUUCUAUUCGCACACGUUACAACUAUUGUUCAGCUGUACUUUACAUCUACUGCAAUGCGAUGACGACAGAGUAUGCAGAAGAAACCACCGUGUCACCAUACGAAACAUCGCCAGGAUAUACUAGAGUAAGAUUGGUUGGAACAGGAUAUCCAUCCAGGGGAACAAUUGAGGUCCUUCAUAACGGACAAUGGGGGACGAUUUGUGACGACAGUUUCGAUAGAAAAGAUGGUGACGUCAUUUGUAGAAUGCUUGGAUAUAAUUUUGCAAGAAAUACCUACCAAAGCGCCCAUUAUGGACAGGGUUCCGGACCAAUAUGGCUGGACGACGUGGACUGCAGUGGCUACGAAAGUGAUAUAUCUUAUUGUGGAUCAAGAGGAUGGGGGAGCCACAACUGUGGUCACGCCGAGGAUGCAGGCGUAGACUGUGUGUAUCAGUAUCCUACAACGAAACGAUACGAAACUACAACUUAUAACCCAUGUACAAUGAAUUCAUGUCACAAUGGCGGAACUUGUUAUUCCAAAGGCUACUAUUACUCUGGAUACUACUGUGUGUGUCCUCAGGGAUAUACAGGAAGAGAUUGUACUUACAUGUACGAGACAACGACCUAUGAUCCUUGUUAUGCUUCCUCUUGUCGUCAUGGUGGCACGUGCUAUCCUAACUAUGGUUACCCCGGAUAUUAUUGUCUAUGUCCAGCUGGAUACACCGGUCAACACUGCGAUAAUUCCAUAGGUUUUUCAGCAGAAAGCGUCAUUUCUGUAGGGUGUACAGAUAACAGCUGGGAUGUGUCUGUUUAUUUACCUCCACUGUACAACAGAUACUCAGAUUUUAACCCUAAUGACAUAUAUUUAGGAACAGACAGCUGUACCGGGUACGUCAGUGGAAAUUAUCUCCACUUCCGGUCGGAUUACUCUGCAUGUGGUACAACUACAAAGACAACCGUGGACAACAUUUUAUAUACCAAUGAAUUAACUUAUGCCCUUCAUGAUCCAAACCACCAUUUCAUCAUUCAUGAAUAUCGAUUCCGCGUUCCUGUUGACUGUUAUCUAGCUCGUUCGGAAGGAAGUUCCGGACAUUUUAACCACGGUCAUGACGUCACUGUCCCGGCAUCUCAUCACGUGACUGGAUCAAGCCAUCAUACGGUCUAUUUACAGUUUUACAGGGAUUCUUCUUUCACGUAUACCAAGCCUCUCUAUGGAUCGAAGGUUGGGGAUAUCGUCUACGUGAAGGCGUAUACUGAUGUCAGAGAUUAUAAUCUCAAAAUGAGGCUGUCAGAUUGUUUCACCACGCCCACUUCGUCUGCAUAUUCUAACAUGAAAUAUUUCAUCAUUCAAAAUGGGUGUACAAUUGAUCCUAACGCCAAAAUUAUGUCGCAAACAACACACGAGACACGAUUUUAUUUCCAAGAUUUUGAAUAUGCCACCAACCAUGAUUCUCUAUUUCUUCACUGCAACGCAACCUUCUGUAAAUCGAACGAUUACAGCGCUGCAUGUGAGCAAACAUGUCAUCACUUCUAUAAGAGACUAGGGGGAGGCAACAUUGUGAUGGAUGGUCCCUUAGAGUCCGCCUCAGUCAGCGACGCUAUCAGACUGAAUAGUGGUGGCAGCACUGAUGGUUCGUCCUUGACAGGACAGUCGACCUUGGUUGCAGUUCUCGCCGCUGUACUCGGGAUAUUUGUCCUAACUCUGGUGGCUUUUAUGAUUUGGGGGAAAAUCAAAAGAGUUCGUCGUGCCAAGUCACAAGUUGUUUGAGAUUAAGAUAAUAAACGAUUUAGUAGUUCCAAAAAUGACUCAUUGCUUUUUUAAAAAAUCAAAACUAAAUGUCUUAAAUUGUCUUUAUGCGUAGCUAUAACAGCCAUAUUUGAUUUAGCAUUUUGAUUAUCAAUAAAAUUUUAUUACAAUUUG